AUGUUGGACUUGUCUGACAAGGUUGUUGAAGCGAAAGUGCGGACUAAUUUCGAAGGUUCCAUAAGCUCUUUCCGUGUCAUCGUAGCUGAACGUCACAUAAUGAGUACUGGAGUAAAAUGCCACAGGUCGUGCAUCGAAGCAUUUGAGGACUUGAAGCGUAAUAAGAACCACCGUUAUAUUCUCUUUCAUAUUUACAAUAAUCAGGAAAUAAGAGUCCUGCACCAAGCUCAAAGAAAUGCAACUUAUGAUGAAUUUAAGGAUCAAUUAGUAUCAGCUAUGAAUGAAGGUGAAGCACGCUACGCAGUUUAUGAUUACGAAACCGAAGGAAAAUUACCCACCCUAGUAUUUAUUUUAUGGGUUCCGUCUACGUUGGAUGUUAGGAUGCGGAUGAUAUAUGCUGCUUCAAAAGAUGCAUUGAAAGCUAGCCUGAUUGGUAUUAAACGUGAAGUUGAAGCAAAUGAUUUGGAUGAAAUCUCGGAGGAAGAAGUGCGCAAAAAAGCCUUAUAA